CUGCGAUUGCUGCCGCAUCUGCAGAACAUGUGAAACCAGCUGAACGAGAGCUGCAGCCAUCAUCGGGUCAUCCGCUACGGUGAAUAAAUGGAAAACGGUAGGACACGCUGGUUAUGUCAUCAGCCCACAUAUGUAAGAUUACCUAGGUAAGUGAAGGCAAGUUAAUUUAUGCUUGCUUGGGGUACGAAAGCUUGGUCGGGUCGGUACUGUAUUGUCUACGCCGCGUCUGCUCCUCCAACAAGCACCAACACCAACAUCAACAGCUCCUUCUUGUGGCAGGGCAAAGGCGAAGAGGUAUAAGACAUUCUCUUCUUCCUUCUGACUGCUAGCAUUCUUCUUUUGCUUAAUUAACUUCCUAUUGUUGCACUCUGUCUCGCUCUUCUCUCUCAACUCUACUCUAAUCACCCCUCAACAUGACACAACCUAUCCCUGGACCUCCUGGUCUGCCUAUCUUGGGCAACAUUCACGACAUCGACCCUGCAGACUCCAUUGCUAGCAUAGGAAGACUGGCAGACACCUAUGGUGAGAUCUUCAAGCUCAGCCUUGGCGGGGUCGAGCGACUCUUCAUCUCCUCCCACGAAUUAAUGAACGAAGUCUGCGAUGAGAAACGCUUUUCGAAGAAAGUCUCUGGUCCUUUGGAACAAAUACGAAAUGGAGUCAAGGAUGGACUCUUCACGGCAUAUCCAGGAGAGCACAAUUGGGAAAUCGCCCACCGUGUGCUGAUGCCAGCAUUUGGGCCACUGUCGAUUCGAUCAAUGUUUGACGAGAUGCACGACAUUGCCUCGCAACUGGUGGCCAAGUGGGCAAGAUUUGGCCCGAAGGAGAAAAUCAAUGUUACAGAAGAUUUCACACGAUUGACACUGGAUUCCAUUGCAUUGUGUGCCAUGGAUACGCGUUUCAAUAGCUUCUAUCACGAAGAACUCCAUCCGUUUGUCAAUGCCAUGGUGGGACUUUUGCAAGAAUCUGGGGCCAGAGCCAGAAGACCAGCUGUAGCCAACUACUUCCUCCGAUCAGCUCAACAGAAGUACGAUUCAGACAUUGCCUUGUUGAAAGAGGUAGCUACCGAAGUGGUGGCAGAACGAAAGGCGCACCCGAAUGACAAGAAAGAUCUUCUCAAUGCUAUGAUCAAGGGUCGAGACGCCAAGACAGGCGAAGGGUUGACGGACGAGAGUAUAUUGAACAACAUGAUCACAUUCUUGAUUGCUGGCCACGAGACGACCAGUGGCCUUCUCUCGUUCUUAUUCUACUACCUGCUCAGAAAUCCUUCUGCUUACCAGACAGCUCAACGACAAGUCGACGAAGUGGUUGGACGAGGACCUAUUACCAUUGACCACAUGUCAAAGCUCCCUUACAUAGAAGCAUGCCUCAGGGAGACGCUGAGACUAAAUCCUACCGCACCUUCAUUCACAUUACAACCUCGAGAAGACGGACCAGACGAAUACGUUUACCUGAAAGGAGGAAAGUAUAAGAUCAAGAGGGGUCAGGGUAUUCUUUGCCUGCUGCCCAAGAUUCAUCGAGAUCCAGCUGUGUAUGGAUCCGAUGCAGAUAUUUUCAAGCCGGAGAGAAUGCUUGAUGAGCCAUUCAGCAAACUUCCACCAAAUAGCUGGAAGCCUUUUGGAAACGGAAUGCGAGGAUGUAUCGGUCGACCAUUCGCAUGGCAAGAAGCUAUCCUCAUCACAGGAAUGCUUCUUCAAACAUUUAACUUCCGUUUAGAUGAUCCAUCCUAUCAAUUGCACAUCAAGCAAACCCUAACCAUCAAACCCAAGGAUUUCUUCAUGCAUGCCACACUUCGAGAUCAUAUCGAUCCUGUGUAUGUAGAGAAGAUGCUUCACAAUGGUCCUUCUAAUUCUAAGGACUCCGAAAAUCGUCGUUCCAUGGAAGUCUCUUCUACUGAGAAGUCAAAGAAGCCAAUGACUAUCCUGUAUGGGUCAAAUGCUGGAACUUGCGAAUCGUUGGCGCAGACUCUUGCGAGAACCGCUUCUGCACGUGGUUAUCAUGCUCAGGUCGAUCCCCUUGACGCAGCAGUAGACAAGAUACCUAAGGACCAGCCGGUGGUCUUGAUCUCCUCAAGCUACGAAGGCCAACCUCCUGAUAAUGCUGCCCACUUUGUAGAGUGGCUUCAGAAACUCGAGGGCAGUUCAAAGCUCAAGGGCGUCAAGUUUGCGGUAUACGGUUGCGGCAACCAUGAUUGGGUCUCUACUUUUCAUAAAGUCCCCAAAUUGUUGAAUACUGAAUUGGAAGCACAUGGGGCAACAAAGAUCACGGACAUUGGUCUUGGGGAUGUGGGAGCAGGAGACAUUUUCAAUGAUUUUGACAAGUGGCAAGAUGAGCAAUUGUGGGCUUCUUUGGGAGGAGAUGCCGAGUUGGAAGAAUCUGGUCUUGAGAUUGAGAUUGAUACGGAUUCUAGAAGAUCAAAACUCCGACAAGACGUGCAAGAAGCUGUUGUCAUCAGCAACACUCUCUUGACAGCUGAGAGCGAACCUGAGAAGCGUCACAUCGAGUUGAAGCUGCCCACUGGUAUGACGUAUCAGUCUGGAGAUUAUCUGGCUGUACUCCCUAUCAACAACACAAAGAAUAUCCGACGAGUCUUGAAAUGGGCACAUCUACCCUGGGAUGCGAUGAUCACCAUCAAGAGCGGUGCCAAUACGACAUUGCCCACCGGCCAUCCCAUUUCUAUCAUGGAUGUCUUGAGUGCCUAUGUCGAACUCAGCCAGCCAGCUACGAGAAAGAACAUUCUCAAGAUUGCUUCAAGUGCACCAGAUGACAUCAAACCGAAACUUAUCGCACUCGCUGGUCCCGACUUCGAAAAGGAGAUUCUUAACAAACGUUGGUCUCCAUUAGAUCUCUUGGAAGAAUUUCCUACCGCAGCCUUGCCACUCGGUGACUUCCUCGCCAUGCUACCACCAAUGCGCAUUCGCCAAUAUUCCAUCUCAUCAUCUCCACUGGUAAACCCAACAGUCGCUACGGUGACAUGGUCAGUCCUUGAUGCACCUUCAAAAGCAGUUGAUUCGAAGAGAUAUCUUGGAGUUGCCUCAAAUUAUCUUCAGAGCCUUGAAGAAGGUGACAGAAUUCACGUUGCAGUGAAGCCGAGUCACGGAAACUUCCACCCUCCCAACGACAUUGAGAAUACGCCUGUCAUGAUGUUUUGUGCUGGUACUGGUCUCGCUCCUUUCAGAGGCUUCGUCCAGGAACGAGCCAUGCAGAUUCAAGCUGGACGUAAGCUGGCCCCAGCGUAUUUGUUCAUCGGCUGUGCACAUCCGGAGAAAGAUGCUCUUUUCAAGGACGAGCUGCAACAAUGGGAGAAGGAGGGUGCCGUCAAGCUGUUCUACGCCUAUUCUAGAGCCAGCGAACAGAGCAAAGGGUGCCGACACGUCCAAGAUCGACUUUGGGAAGAAAGAGAUGAGAUGGUCAAGGCCUUCCGAGACGGUGCUAAGUUGUACGUCUGUGGUAGCAGUAUGGUUGGUGAAGGGGUUGCAAACAUGACAAAGAGGAUCUACCAAGAUGCCGCAGAGGCGAUGGGUAGGCCGAAGACCGACGACGACAUUCAGAAAUGGUUCUUGGAUAUCAAAAGCGAUCGUUAUUCGAGCGAUGUUUUUGCUUAGUCUAGAGUUGAGACAUUUGACAGAAGUAGUAAGCGAAGAAAAAAAGUUAUCAAUGCU